GCGGGCCCCCCGCAGUGGCGGAGCUACGGCGCCGCCCCGUCUCGGGCGGGCGCACAAGAGGCGGGCCUGGCCGCGGGGGCGGGCCCAGGAGUUCCGCACGCUCGUCGGGGACGUGGGCGCCCCGCUGCUCCUGUUCUUCAUCGCCUCCGUGAUGUUCGCCUUCUGGUGGGAGGCGCCCCCGGUGCCCGUGCUGGUGACGCUGCUGGGGCUGGCCGUGUCCCUGAGGGCAGCGGCGCCGCACCACCCGGAGGACCACACCCUCUGCGAUCACCUGCCGAUGCUCAUUGUGAAGUUCGCGGCCGUCUUCGGGGUAUUGACGGGCUUGUACGCUUACGAGGCCCACUCAGCGUACUAG